CCUCUUCAGACUCAUCGCAGCUGUCUUUGACUCUGAAACAUGGCUGUGUUUUAAGGAGACAGCAUAGGUCACUGUUCGUCUGCGAUGUUCAUUCCUCCAAAGAGCGCUCGUUCAUAGGUUUUGACCUGUUUUUUACCGGACAUGUCGGACAAGGAGGUCGGUAAAGGGACGGAGAGUACCGGGGAGAAAGGUUACCGGACCCCCGGGCUGAGAGGAGCUCAGACCACCACGCUGUUCAGAGCAUUCAACCCUGAACUCUUCAUCAAACCUAAUAAACCAGUGAUGGUAUUUGGACUGGUGACCAUCACCUUGUGUGUGGGCUACCUGGGCUAUAUGCACGCCAUGAAGGAAAACGACCAGGAGCUAUACGAGGCGAUCGACAGCGAAGGAGAGAAAUACAUGAGGAGGAAGACUUCCAAAUGGGACUGAUGGCACAACAUGUUCUAUAACACUGUGUGUAUGUGUAUGUAUGUACUGUAAGGGUGAGUGAAUUAAAGCCUGAUUGAAAUAAGGA